GUCAGUCGAAAAUUAGUUGCGCGAGCGAAGGCUGCAACACCUGCGUACAAGCUGUUCGUGCGUUCGAGUCUAUGCGGUUGCUUGCUCACCAGACACAUUACGCGACGGCGUCACCGCCUGCUGCCAUUGUCAGCACUGUGAUAGCCACAGAUUCAGAUUGGCUGGUACCGUUUAGAGGCAAAUAUUCGGUGUUGGCGCAGUGAUCAUUUGGUGCAAGUGUUCAGUAAAAUCUAUUCCGAUUGUUUUGUCGCCGGGACGACAUGCGCAUCGCAACGCGUGCCGUUUUAAGCAUGAUCGCAUCGCAACACACCGGUGCGUAAUCCUUGGAUCGUGACGUGCAUGUGACAAGUAACAUGUGCCCACCAUCUUCUUCUUAAGCUCAAAAUUCGAAAGGUGCGUGAACAGUGUAAAAUACACACGAUAUUACAUACCCCUGCGCAGUGUGUUUGUGAAUGUGCCAUCGAAGCUGAUCGUGAUCGUGUCGCAUCAUCGUCGCUAGUCAUACACGGAGUCCCCACAGUCACGAGUCCUUCCGAAUGAAAUAAUAACUAAACUCUAAGCUGCUCCUGCCCGAGUACAGUGGACGCGUGCCGUAAGCAAACAUGACUGUUUCGUAUUCAGCGGAGGUACCGAACGGUAGCAACUUUGGCGUAUUUUGGCGAAUUCUAUGGAAAUGGCGUGGCAGUGUUUAUAAAGCCGUUUGGCGGGAACUGUUAGCAUAUCUGCUAGUCUAUUACACACUUAAUUUCACAUAUCGUUACGGUCUCAGCGAAGAUGGUAAAAGGGUGUUCGAACGAAUCCGAACCUACUUUGGCCAACAGCGGGAAACGGUGCCACUUUCGUUCGUGCUCGGAUUCUACGUCAGCUUGGUUGUGAAGCGUUGGUGGGAACAGUAUCGGAUGCUGCCAUGGCCGGACACACUCGCUCUGUUCGUGAGUGCCGCCAUCCAAGGAAAUGAUGAAACGGGACGGCUGAUGAGACGAAACAUUAUGCGCUACAUGGUCCUAUCGUACGUGAUAACGCUGCAGAAGAUUUCGCUCCGCGUUAAGCGUCGGUUCCCCGGCUGGCAGCAUCUGGUCGAUGCUGGUUUGAUGCUCGAAAGUGAGCGCAAAAUUUUCGAGAUUAUGGACUCCAAAAGCCCCAUGUCGAAGUACUGGAUGCCGCUGGUAUGGGCUACAAACAUCAUCAAUCGUGCGCGCAAGGAUCAGCUGAUCCCGUCCGAUCAUAUCGUGCAGACGCUCUUGAUGGAGCUCUCCGACAUUCGGCGUAGGUUGGGUGGUUUGAUCGGUUACGACACGGUGUGCGUACCGCUGGUUUACACCCAGGUCGUGACACUUGUGCUGUACUCGUACUUUACCGCUGCCAUCAUGGGUAGCCAGAUGAUCCCAACCUACGAUGCGGCGAGCGGCACAUACCAAGAGCUGGAUGUGUUCUUUCCACUCUUCACGGUGCUACAGUUUGUGUUCUACGUGGGAUGGUUGAAGGUAGCUGAGGUGCUGAUCAAUCCAUUUGGCGAGGAUGACGAUGACAUCGAAUUGAAUUGGCUCAUCGAUCGACACAUUAAGGCAUCGUACAUGAUUGUAGACGAGAUGCACGACGAACAUCCGGAGUUGCUGAAGGAUCAGUACUGGGAGGAGGUCGUACCGAAAGACCUACCGUACACUGUUGCAUCUGAGCAUUAUCGGCGCGAGGAGCCGAAAGGAUCGGCUGAACACUAUAAGGUGAAGGAGGCGGAUGCGGUCUACGCAAACAUCGGUGCCGUCGGUGGGAAGCGCAUGAUGAACGACGAGAUGUACGCUGACUAUGAAAGCGUAGACACUCCAAUGGCUGAACGACGGAAGGGAUGGCUUGGAAAGGUCAGUCGCAUGGGAUCGGGACGAAGUUCGUCAACUGCUUACUCGUCCGGUGGUCUUUUUGCGCGCAAUCGACACAAUUCUGUCUACUCCAGCCCAGAAGCAGGCCUCGGUCAACCCAUUGUCACAGGGGCUCCUGCCCCUAAGGUCAGCUUGUAUGAUCGGUUCGUGAACCGGAAGUCUGGUCGACACGCGAGACAAAUUAUUAAGCAGAAUUCGAAGCUUAGUCUCAACGGAUCAGUCAUAUCGAACGUACCGCAAAAAGCGCGCCCACGAAUACCGACACCAGACGUGACGAAGGAAAGCCGUGUCGCACCACUCGGUACAGUAACGACAAGUACCGCCAACAUUGCAUCCGGUGUUGCACUGAUGGCGACUCAGCUUGCAAACAAUCCCUCUAUCUAUCCGGCAUCCACGGCCACGCUCAACAACAACGAAGUUCCAGUGGUCGGGACGCUUUUAUUAGCACCGAUCAAAGAGCUAGAUUCCAGCUCGACGACUAACACUUUACACUCAGGCCAAUCCGCAACGGCUUCCCUGGCCAAAUCAAUCCUUCCAUCAACACUCAAGAGUUCCGAGCAAACGUUUUCACGUUCUCGUCCCUACUUUGCAGUGUCCCCGUUUGGGAAGGAUGGCACCAACCUUGAGCUCACACUCACCAACUCAUCCUCGUUGGGUGGGUCACCCAAUCCACUCGGAGGCAACACCGUCAUUGUCCUUCCGGCAACAACUACUGCAGUGGCUGUUUCCGCCAACGGUACUACAGUGACCGGUACUAUUCCGAUCACGGCCGGACCGGGAAGGUCGCACGACACAACUGACGCUAGUACUGGCAUCAGAAGCACUUCCCUAGCAUCGGGUGUGCUAGUGCCGAAAACGGACGCCCUGUUGCCCAUUUCGCUUACCUCCAUUCCGCUCUCGUUUACGGUGACGCCCGUUACAAACACCAGCAGUAAUAGCACCACCAGCACUACCACCACCACUGGCGGCACGAUCAUUACCGAGCUACCGUGUGACAACGGUGAGAUCAGUACGAGCGUCACGAUGAGUAACGAAAAAAACCGCCAACCACCUUCCAGCACUGCGGACAGUUCUUCCUCAGCCGCAUCGACACUAAGCAAACGGAAGCCAAAGCAUGGCGAGGUUUACGUUUAGAAGACUAGCAAACACACACUGGAUUUAUUGUACUAUAGACAAACGUAGCAAAAUUUAACACAGAAUGAAAGUUCAGCAAAGAAGCAAAACGUGAAGAGAUGUGCCAAUUACAAAUUUUCCUAUUUCUUUAUCACUAUUAUCACAUUCGACCCGUGAAUCCGUGCUGGAGGGCGACUUACAAAGCCACUGAGCGCUGUGUAUUUGUUCUAGAAAUCGCUGAUACAAAGUAUUGUUUGUUUUAUAAGAAAGUAAGUUUACAUACACGUAAAAGUAAAAUAAGUGUAUAUUUUUACAGUAGCAAAGACAACAAUCAGCAGCUAGUUUUGUUCUUUCUUGGAUCAUCAUUCAAAGACGCGUGUAAACUAAGCUCGCCAGAAAUUAAGAUGCACGAUUGUUCGUCAAUUGUCUUAAUACAAUUCCGUCCAUCGUUUGCCUUGCGAUAUAUGCAUUUGAAAUGUAUUUUAACUAAUUGAUAUACGUGUUACCACGAUAAAGAAGGUAGACCGAGCAAACUUGUUUUAUAUUCGGAUCGGAUUGAAUCUGGCUGAUAAUGGCCAUAUUUUACCAGCCCUAUCGAAACUUUCCUCCCAUUGUGCAUCAUAGGAAAGUUAUAUAAAAAAGGUAGUGUUUAGCAUUUUAAAAACGAGUUUUGUACCAACUGAGAACCGUAAAUGGCAAUCUAGCAUCUAGGUAUAAACAAUUUUUAAAUAAACGUGAUCAUGAUAUUUUAA